UGGUUAAAGCCAGUUGGAUGCUGAUACAGAACAAUUAUGAAUCCAUAAUAAGCACUUAAUAGUAUAAUAUGAAUCGAGAAAGAUGUUUGUUAAACAAUUUUAUGAGUUUCUUAUAAUAUUACUACACAGAGAAGUCAGAGCCAUUCAUUCUCCGGGUGUGUUUCUCAGGAUCUCCGUGUGCGACGAGGACAAGUUUCGGCACAACGAAUUCAUCGGAGAGACCCGAAUCCCACUCAAGAAGCUGAAACCAAACCAGACAAAGAACUUCAACAUCUGCCUGGAGAAACAGCUGCCGAUUGAUAAAACAGAAGACAAGUCUCUGGAGGAGCGAGGGCGCAUCAUGAUCUCUCUCAAGUACAGCUCUCAGAAGGCAGGGCUUCUCAUUGGCAUUGUCCGCUGUGCCCACCUGGCCGCUAUGGAUGCCAACGGCUUCUCAGACCCCUACGUCAAAACGUACCUGAAGCCUGAUGUGGACAAGAAGUCAAAGCACAAGACAGCAGUGAAAAAGAAGACACUGAACCCAGAGUUUAAUGAGGUGCAGGCCUGUCUUCCUUCUUUCUUUCUACUAAUUGGUGUUUAUAAUCAUUCUCAGAGGUAAAACGAGAGUA